GGAGGGAAUCCCCAGCCGGGCCCCGCCUUCCCCAUGGCGGGGCCGGACCCCUGGGGGCGGGCGUUGGGAGCGGGCUGGGCCGGGCGCCCGGGCGCGCGCGAGUUCCUGGUUCGUCACGGGGGAGCCCCUUAAAGGGGAAGUAGCUGCGGCGCCGUCGGAAGGACGGUCGGGGCGUCUCGAGGCUCGGUGGGUCGGUGGCCGGCUGCCUCGGCCGCUCGCUCGCUCUCUCCGUCCGCCGGUGCCCCCGCCGCUCGCUCGCUCGCUGGGCCGGCGGGGAGGCCCCGCGCUCGGGGAGAAUGCCCGCGGAGCCCGGGCCACCAUGCAAUGGAAGUCGCUGGUCCUGGGGCUGCUGCUGCUGCGACUCGGCCUCCACGGCGCCCUGUGGCUCGCCUUCGGCCUGGGCCCCAGCCUGGGCUUCUACCAGCGCUUCCCCAUCAGCUUCGGCUUCCAGUGCCUGAGGGGCUCCGCCGAUGCCGAGGCCGCCGCCGCCGAGGCCGAGGCCGCCGCCUCCUCCGCGCAGCCCUCCUGGCUGGAGGCGCCGGGGGUCGGGGGGCCGCGGCGGGCGCCGGCGGGGCGGCAGCCCCGGCCCCAGCGGGGCCCGGGGCCGCGGGGGCCGCCGGCGUCGGGCGUGUGCCCCAAGUCGUACUGGGCGUCGCUGCUGGGCGGCCGUGCCCGAGGCGCGGGGGGCGACGAGUACGAGCGGCGCUACAGCGGAGCCUUCCCGCCGCAGCUGCGGGCGCAGAUGCGUGACCUGGCCCGGGGCAUGUUCGCUUUCGGCUACGACAACUACAUGGCGCACGCCUUCCCCGAGGACGAGCUCAACCCCAUCCACUGCCGGGGGCGGGGGCCGGACCGCGGGGACCCUUCGAAUCUGAACAUCAAUGAUGUUCUAGGAAACUAUUCAUUAACCCUGGUGGAUGCUUUGGAUACACUUGCAAUAAUGGGAAAUUCAUCAGAGUUCCAGAAGGCAGUGAAAUUAGUGAUCAACACAGUUUCAUUUGACAAAGACUCCACAGUCCAAGUCUUUGAGGCCACAAUCAGGGUCCUCGGAAGUCUCCUUUCUGCCCAUAGAAUAAUAACUGAUUCCAAACAACCCUUUGGUAACAUGACAAUUAAGGAUUAUGAUAAUGAAUUGUUGCAUAUGGCUCGGGAUCUGGCAUUGAGAUUGCUUCCUGCCUUUGAAAAUACAAAAACUGGAAUUCCCUAUCCUCGGGUGAAUCUCAAGAGCGGUGUUCCCCCUGACAGCAAUAAUGAGACUUGCACUGCUGGAGCUGGCUCCUUGCUGGUGGAGUUUGGGAUUCUUAGCCGCCUGCUGGGGGACUCGACAUUUGAGUGGGUGGCCAGGCGAGCAGUGAAGGCCCUUUGGAAUCUACGCAGCAAUGACACCGGGCUCUUAGGGAAUGUUGUGAACAUCCAAACAGGCCACUGGGUUGGAAAGCAGAGUGGCCUCGGUGCUGGAUUGGAUUCCUUCUAUGAAUACCUCUUGAAAUCUUACAUUCUCUUUGGAGAAGAUGAUGACCUAGAGAUGUUUAAUGCUGCCUAUCGGAGUAUUCAGAGCUAUUUAAGAAGAGGCCGGGAAGCUUGUAAUGAAGGUGAGGGAGACCCUCCCCUCUAUGUGAAUGUGAACAUGUUCAGUGGGCAGCUGAUGAAUACGUGGAUUGAUUCUUUGCAGGCCUUCUUCCCUGGAUUGCAGGUAUUAAUAGGAGAUGUGGAAGAUGCCAUCUGCCUUCAUGCCUUUUAUUAUGCCAUCUGGAAGCGAUAUGGUGCCCUCCCGGAGCGAUACAACUGGCAACUCCAGGCCCCGGAUGUCCUCUUUUACCCUCUGAGGCCAGAGCUGGUGGAGUCAACUUAUCUCCUUUACCAGGCAACCAAAAAUCCUUUUUAUCUCCAUGUAGGAAUGGAUAUACUUCAGAGCCUGGAAAAGUACACAAAAGUCAAAUGUGGUUAUGCUACAUUACAUCAUGUCAUAGACAAAUCCAAAGAGGACCGGAUGGAAAGUUUCUUUCUGAGUGAGACUUGUAAAUACUUGUAUCUGUUGUUCGAUGAAGAAAAUCCAGUGCACCAGUCUGGAAAUAGAUACAUGUUUACUACUGAAGGACAUAUUGUGUCUGUGGACAAACAUCUUCGGAACGCUCCCUGGAAAAAGUCCUUUUCGGAAGAAGGAGGGGAACACCAGGAAGAAAAGCAUGUGCCUAGACCCAAACCUUUGGACUUAAAAGUCAUCAAUUCAAGCCUAAAUUGCAAUCGUAUUCCUGAUGAGAGAAGGUAUUCUCUGCCCCUCAAGAGUGUCUACAUGAGACAGAUUGAUCAGAUGGUUGGCUUGAUUUGAACUAUCACUUUGAGUGGUGAUGUUUAAACAAACAAAUACAGAGUUCUAACUGACGUGGAAGGAGGACUACAAAAGUCUGGCCCUGAAUUUGAAGAUGGUGGCAGGUCCGACCAGCAACAUAAUUGCUCUCUGUUCUUGCAUAUUUUAAUUAUUCUCUCCAGUUCAAAACACAACCAAAAUUGGUCCCCUGUAUUUCUUUAUUAAGAUUUGAAAUCAAGAGUAGCUGAAAGAUUAUCCCUUUACUGAACACUGUAGUCACUGAGCAAAGCUGAAAUGACCACUCUGAUUUUACUAUAGACUGCUUGGGAAGGCAAGUAUUGAGGAGUGCCUGCCACUGGUAUAAAGUGGUGCUACCUCUUCACGAUGGGAUUGUGGCCAAAAUCCCUCUGCAGAAGGGUUUACUGGGAAUCACUUCUUUUCUUGAAACAGCAAUAUUUUCUCUUGUGGGAUGGGAGGCUGUCUCCUAACUCAUCAGUAAGCCAUUGUCUGCCUUGAUUUUGGAUUACAUUUAUUUUUAAAGAAAAGAAAAUCCAUCUUUUGCUACCAGUAUACUUAGUGACCCUCACUGAUCAUUACUGCCAUGUCUGAAUUCUAAAUGGCUUCUGAAGGAUCACAUCAUGGAACUAAGAACAGACCUUGUUUUAAAAUCAAAUGUAACAUGGACUCACCAGAAGAACUUCUGUAGUCCCAGAACUUUGCAGUGAGGCAAAAUUGCCCAUUGCUCCUCCUAGGCUUUUCAUGAUUUCAAGUGCUUCGAUUGUUGUCACGCUUGCUGGCCAUGCUUCUUUAUCCUGACUGUGUUUGGGUUAUAAAAAUCUUUUUUUUUUUUCCCCCCUUGUUCAUUUUCAUUUCUAGUACUCAUUGAAUGGAAAUGGGGAAAGAAAAUGACCAGGAUGAUACUCUUACAUGGUUUGGGCAUUUUUCCUGUCCAAGUUUUCAGUUAGUGCCUUAUGAUGACUCAUUUAUGGGUCAUUGAAAAUCUAAGCUGCUGCUACUUUCUAGCAGGCUCAGUUUGUGUUAGGAUCUCAUAAUGUUGCCAGAGAACUAGGUAGGGCAGGAAUAAAACAGUGAAAGACUAGAUAGAUUGUUAUUCCCUAGGAAUGGCUUUUGGUGGUGAUGAAAUAGAUAGUAUGGACCUUUUAAUAUUCCAUUUCAGGGAAGGAAGUAACCAGGAAACUAAACUAACUUUUGGAGUGAAAACCUCCUCUUGUUAGAAACAGAAAACUCUGGUGGUAGUGUUUUUCCUUCAUGAAUUGAAUCAAGCUUGUCAUUAGUGAUCUCAGACUAGAAACGAACUCUGCUAGCUUAUUUGAAAACUGUAUUGCCAUCAGAGGUCAUGUUCUGGACCAUUGGUAUUUUCUACCUAGUCACUGUUGCCCACUAUAAAUUUUCUUUAUCUUUUUUUCCAGAGGGAAACAGAUUGUUACCUAAGCCCUCAUAUUUAUCAACCAACUGGGGAAUUUUUCAUUCAAAAUUUUUUUUUGUCAAGUUUUAGAAGUCUUAGGUGUUUGUUUUCUUAAUUAGAUAUAAAACCCAACUCUUGUGUAUUUUUAAUACUGUGGUUCAGAAGCCCAUCAUCUCAUUUUAAAACCCUUUGUUACUAUAUAUGACAUACUUUAAAAAAAAAAAAAAGCAAGAACAAAAAACGUUUGUUCUUUUUUACUGUUAAUAUUCAAAAGCCUUACUCUGUUGUGAAUACUUUCUGCAGUUACUUGCUGUGUAGAUCAAGCUUUCAUUUAUUAUACUCUGCUUUAAAAAAAACAAAGUCUUCCUGUGACUCAACAUACUCAACUCUUCCUUCCCUUUUCAUCUUUCCUCCUAUACGUUGCCUUCUCCAGCCAACUUUAAGUUAAACCUUUAUGGCAUUGAGGAGGAGCAGACAGUGGGUUUUUUCUGGGCAAGAACUGGAAUAGCCACCUUUCUCUUCCUCUGGGGUUGUCCCUACUGCUUCCCAAGUUUCCAUGACACAGUGGGAGACAGCCACUGUAACAUCCUCUUCCAGAUCUCCCUUCUGCAUGUCUUCCUUUCUCACCACUCUAGCCUAUCUAACACCACCUUCUCCUGGUGUCAGAAUCUAUGCCUGACAUGGUCUCCUUCUCUGCUGAGCUAUUUAUGCAACUCAGGGACUUAAAUGCUCCAAUCCUGAAAUAGUUCCCAAGACUGCACCUUUGUGCAUGAGUGUUAUUGCGGAUUGGUGAAUGGCUUCAUUCUUCAGCCUUAACUAAACCCAAACAUCCUAGGUGUUUAGGCCCAAAUGUUGAUCUCGGAAGACACUAGUGGUGGUUCUUGGUUUGUCAUUAGGGAGGGCAGAAUAAAAUCUCUAAAGGCUUUUUAAAAAGGAGGCAAUAUAAGUGAGCUUUCAUUUUCUACUUUGGUCAGUGGCAGUACAAGCAAGUAGAAAUGCUGCUGUGAUGAUCACUAACCUGAUGGUGACAUGGGAUCACCAGUGGAAGAGAGCUCUCAGAAGAGAAGUCAUUACUGGAGAGGGCAUUUUCUUGCCGAUUUGGCUCAAAAGAGGACCGAUGCUGUUGUAUAUCUUUUUCAUGUGGCCAUGCUGAUUAUGCUGGCACAUAAUAUUUCUGCAGAGGUGUCCAUCACAAGCAUGGUGGCUAAUGGCCACCACAUGAUAGACAUAACCCAGUGGUUUCCAUACUGGUGUCUUGUCUUCUCACUCGGUCGUCUGUAAGUGUUUUGUAAGUGUCUCUGCCCUCUGUCUCAAAGUAUUAUAGUGUACAGUUCUUGUACCUCACGUGGCCAAAGUCAGGUCCCCAAAAGGUGAAAAUUAUUUUAGUUUUGUUUUUUAAAGGUGUCUUCCAGCUUUGCAAGUGCACUGACCUUCAGUUAGGUCUCACUGCAUUUUUAGAUUUUCCCUCAGUGCCAUCAAACUUUCCAAAUAUCAGAUAUUGCCUGGGGGGGCCUCAUGCUGUCAAACUGUCUCCAAACUGCUUAAAAUAGUGGCCUCCCUUCAUCUCUUAGUUUUGGCAGUGCUUUAGGGUGUAGGUGUUUGAAACCUUUAGCUGACUUCUCUUUAUUAAAAAAAAUUAAAAAAAAACAUCCUCAACCCAAAAAAUAUACAUGAUACAAAACUAAUGAUUAAAGAAAAAUAUAUGCAGUUCCUUAAGAAGGAAAGUUUUAGUAGUUGUCUAAUUUGGAUGCUUUAAUGUACAUAGUUUAAAAGAACCAAUAAGUGAUUUUUUUCUCCAUGAGGGUUGGAUAUGGGAGGGGUGGAAGGCAAGGUAGCCUAACUCCAGUUCCUGGUUAAUUGUCAAGUCUUCCUUCACAUUGUGCUUUGACUGCACAUAUCUUGAUGUCUUGUAUCUUUUCCAUUUAAGCAUUCCAGGGAUGUGUUUUUCAUUUUUUUAAUUUGAAGGUUUGAAAGUCUGCUGCUAGAUCAAAGGAGCUCUCCCAUCAUGCUUGCCAUAAUCAUCUCUCCUCUGCCCCCAGUCCUCUGAUUCCCACCAUUGUGCCUCUGCUUUACAAUUGAGGGUCCUUCUAGAAUAAAAGGAUUAUUUAGUCCCUGUGACCCCAUUCUAUAAGUGUUAGGAAAGCCAACUGAGAUGAGAUCAAAUUGGGUAAACUGGUCACCAAUGGGUCCGCGGAGUAGGCCUUGAAUAGUGACCACACUUGAAAUGAAUGUGAAUUUGGUCAAAUGUCAGGUAGCCAUGGCACUUCCCAAUUCAGCCCCAUUCCUCAACUCUUGGUUCUUAAGAUUUGAGGGGAGGAGGGGAGGAAGGAUUUUGGAAGGUGUUCUUUAUUUUUUAAAUAGCAAAACAUAGGGCACAUUUUAAUUUAUUAUGCACUAGAAAAGCAAAACUGAGAACUGAAAACGGCUGGGGCGACUUGGGAUAAACAGGUCUGUUGUGCUUCUCACUCUAAUGUGCAAUAUAAUUUGCAACUAUAAAUGAUAUGUUUAAUCUAUGUAAAUAAGAAAUGGGCUUAAAUUAAAGGGGAGCUUUUUUGUUUUGUAAAAGGACCAAAUGUUCUUUUAUAAAUAUCCUGAAGAAUAUCUUGCUCUUUGAAAUUUAUUAGAAUUUUUACAAUUUUUUCAUUAAAAGAUUUUUUUUAA